GCACAUUCCCCAUUCCCCUUAUCCGAAGGCGGCUCCUCUCUUUCCCCUCUGUAAAACCCCUCACGCAGACAGCGGCCAUGGCGAUGGCGUCGCCGCCAGCCUGCUCCCUCCUCCUCCCGGCCAUUUCCUCCGCGCCGGCCUACGCUAGUGUCCCACGAGCGCCCCGGUUCCUCACCUGCCCCCGCGCUGUAACAGCCCACCGACCCCUUCCCACGGCCUCCUCUCCUAAGGUCGCGGCGCCCGCCGCCGUCGAGAUCCCAGAGGAGUACGCGGAUGAUGUCGAAGCGGUGAACAUUGCGGUGGACGUCACUCAGCUAAUUGGAAAGACCCCAAUGGUAUAUCUAAAUAAUGUUGUCGAAGGUUGUGUCGCUAAUAUUGCCGCAAAGCUUGAGUACAUGGGACCUUGCCGAAGCGUCAAAGACAGGAUUGCAUUAAGCAUGAUUAGUGAUGCAGAAGAGAAAGGAUUAAUUUCUCCAAACAAGACCAUUUUGGUAGAACCAACUACUGGGAAUACUGGUAUAGGACUAGCUGCAGUAGCUGCUGCUAGAGGAUACAAAAUGAUAGCAACUAUGCCUUCAUCGAUAGAUGUUGAGAGACGCAUCCUUGUACGCGCAUUUGGAGCAGAUAUUGUGUUAACUGAUCCUACAAUAGGACUAAAAGGAGCUGUUGACAAAGCUGAGGAAAUAGUUUCGAAGACACCGAAUGCGUACAUGUUUCAGCAAUUCAACAAUCCAGCUAACAGUGAGAUCCACUUUCAAACCACAGGCCCAGAAAUAUGGGAGGACACACUGGGUACUGUUGACAUACUUGUUGCGAGCAUUGGGACUGGUGGCACUAUCACCGGCACUGGGCGCUACUUAAAAAUGAUGAAUAGAGAUAUUAAGGUCAUCGGGGUAGAACCUGCUGAAACUAGUGUGAUUUCUGGCGACAAGCCAGGUUAUAUUCCAAGCAUACUAGAUGUUCAGCUCCUUGAUGAGGUUGUGAAGGUUACCACUGCGGAGGCAGUUGAUGUUGCGAGGCUACUUGCACUAAAAGAGGGCUUGCUGGUUGGCAUUUCGUCAGGUGCUGCAGCAAUUGCUGCUAUAAACGUGGCCAAAAGACCUGAAAAUGCUGGAAAGCUGAUUGCGGUUAUCUUCCCCAGCUUUGGAGAAAGAUACAUCUCUAGCAUUUUGUUCCGGCCGAUAUACAACUCCGUUCGAAGGAUGAGGAAGAGAUGACUAACUUCACCCACUCCAAGAAAGACGAAUCCGACAGGCUUCCACAGCAUGACAAACAUAACACAUCAAGCAGGGCUGAGGUGUGGAAUGCUCCGGCAGCAGAAGGGCGCGGGUCGUAGAAAAAGUUUGAAAUAGGGGCGGAGUUGCUGCCGAGUGGGCUGCAGGACUGCAUCAACUUGGUUCCAUAAAAACCCGAGGGAAGGGAAAAUCAUGAGUUGUUGUAUACUGUAUUAUCUGCCUCGAACGUUUGGAACUCGGUGAAACAUGCAGAGCUAGAUGCAGUAGUUCGCUUAGGAUCUUUGUUUGAGUAGUCUAGGGCCUGGAACAAAACAGACUUGUCAUCUGAUAUUUGCCUGAUCUUACUAAAUGGUCUCCUAUCCUAGUUGGUGAUUGGUUCGUUCA